GGUGUGACGCCCCCCGUGCCAGACGAGAGUGAGUUGGUGCGCCGCGCGCUGCUCAAGUUUGAGGAGCGCUUCCCCGGCGUCACACCGAGCGUGGGGAGCGUCGCACCGGGCAGAGUGAACCUCAUGGGGGACCACGUGGACUACAACUUGGGUGGUGUGCUGCCUGCAGCGUUGCCCCUGGUGACGGUGAUGGUGGGCGGCCAAUCGGGAGACGACUUGGUGACAGUGGUCUCCAUGGCGACCGGCAUCGGCCAAUCGGAGGUCUCCUUCCCGGUGCCCACCCCCUCGCGACCCCUGACCCCCGGGGGGGAGGGGCCGCACUGGGCCAACUACGUGAAGGGGGUCGUGCAAGGGUACCCAGUGGGACCGCUCCCAGGGAUCUGUGUAGUUGUCGUCAGCUCCGUCCCGUUGGGCUCCGGUCUGUCGAGCUCCGCCGCUUUGGAAGUCGCCACCUACUGUCUCCUGCAAGGGUUCUGCCCUGACCCAGGGUUCUCACCAACCCAGAGAGCCUUGCUGUGCCAGC